CACCCUCGCACCACCUCUGCACCUUCGUCUUGCCCGCACCUGCCGCAGCAUGAGCCGCAGCUUCGGGCGCGAGCACGACGCCGACGUGCGCGCCGCCGCCGCCGACGCCGCGGCGGUGUACGACGCCCUCGGCCCGGCCUCGCCGCCGUACCGGCCCAGCGAGCCGCACCUGGCGCGCCACGACGCCCACGAGCUCUACGAGCAGGCGCUGCAGCCGGAGGCGCCGGCGCACCACGCUGGGACCCCAGCGGCGGCAGCAGGCGCGCAGGACCUCUCGCUCUCGCACUCCAACUCGCUCUCCUCGUCCGACGCGCGCGCGCCGGCCAGCGACGCCGGCAUGCCGCCCAACUACGCGUCGCGCACCGACCUCAGCAGUGCCUACUCGGCGCUCGACAAGGGCAAGGCGCCCUCGCCGCCUUCGACGAGUCAAGCGCCGACGGCGUUGCACCCGCACGUCGUGCCCAGCGGCGCCGCUGUGCCGCGCAAUGGCCCGCGUAUUGCCGUCACCGACCCGCUGGCGGACAUGCGCUCGCGCAACCUCUCGCACCCCGAGGGCCUCGGCGCACGCUCCGACCUGCCGCGCAACAUGCGCCUUGAUCUUCAGCGUGCUGCCGCCGCUGCGGCUGCUGCCGACGGCCUGCCGCAGAGCAGCAGUGGUGCGCCGCCUGUGCGCCCCGGCAUGUCGCGCCGCGACAGCAACGCCUCGAGCAUCGAGGGCGAGGAGGACACGCAGUUCGACGACUUUGACUGGAGCGACGACGAGGGACUUGAAGACUCGGCCAAGCUCGAGGAGGAGGAGCAGCGCCGCCUCGACCUGCUGAAGAAGCGCCGCGGCCGCCUGGCGCCGUCCAAAGUGAUCCGCUGGCUCUUCACGAGCUUCGCCGGAAACUUCAUCCUCUCCGCCUCGCUCGCCGUGCCCGCGAUCGUGAUCCAGUACGUGUACCGCCCGCAGGGCGGCGUGGAGGAGAGCGCGCCGGACGCGGCGCACCGCGACUUUGUGGCGGACAACAUCCAGGCCUGGUUCACGUGGGCCGCGCUCGGCCUGUUCGUCUCGUGGAUCCUGCACGCCUUUGUCGAGAUCCUGCCCGCCGCCUUCAUCGCACUCGUGCGCCUGGCGUGGGGCAACGUGUCGCAGCGCAUCCUCUCGUUUGCCGAGUUCUACGACGCCAUUAAGUACUGGAUCAAGAUGGUCUUCUACGCCGCAUGGUCGUGGGGCAGCUGGGCGCUCAUCUUUGGGCGCAUCUGGGGUCUCUACUCGCAGCAGAACCCGGCGACCGAGUCGCGCGCCGCGUACCUCUACCGCAUCUACCAGGUCGUCGAGUUCUUCUUCUUUCUCAUCCUGAUCAUCAGCGUGGAGCAGAUCCUCGUCAAGUCCAUUGCGCUCUCGUUCCACCGUUCUGCGUUUGCCGAGCGCAUCAGCGAGGUCACCAAGGCCCUCGAGACUGUCGACCGCCUGAAGGACUACCGCCCGAAGCUGUACCCAACGCACGGCAAGGCCGGCAGCACGUUCGGCCUUGCCGGCAGCACCUUUGGCAUGCGCACCGGCGCCCGCACACCUGGCCGCUCGCCGAUGAUGGCGUACGUCGAGGACGAGUACGCAGGCGACCACGAGGGCGGCGCCGCCACGCCCCGCUCCACCUCGGGCGGCAAGAGCGGCUUCUGGAGCAAGAAGCACGCUCAGAAGCGUCCGGCGCCGACGGUCAUGCCCACUCCCGACGAUGCCGCCGGCACGCUGCCGGCACACGGCACGUCGCGCAGCGCUCCGCCGUCCACGCCCAAGACGGCCGUCGGACGGGCCGUCGCCAACGGCGCGAGCACGGUGCGCAGCAAGGCCGCCACUGCCAGCCAGCUGGCGCGCAUCGCCAUGGACGAUCCGUUCAACCUGCUCAAGCAGUCGAGCGUGGGCCAGGUCGCCGCCGACGUCAACUCGCCGGCCGAGGCCAAGCGCCUGGCGCGCAGCAUCUUCACGGCAUUCCGCGGGCACCACAAGCGCUCCUAUCUCGUGCCGAGCGACUUCAAUGCCGCCUUCAAGACGCCCGAGGAGGCGCGCGCCGCAUUUUCCAUCUUCGAUCGGGACGCGAACGGGGACAUUUCGGCGUCGGAGAUCAAGACGACCAUCAUCUCGACGUACAAGGAGCGCCGCUUCCUCACGCGCUCCAUGCAAGACGUGCACCACGCCGUCAACCAGCUCGACCGCAUCCUGCUGUGCAUCGCGGCGAUCAUCCUGCUCUUCGUCGGCCUUGCAAUCUUCAACAUAGAAGUGGGCAGCUCUCUCACGACCUUCUACUCACUGGCCAUAGCCGGUGCCUUCAUUUUCAAAGAGACUUUCAGCAACGUCUUCGAUUCGAUAGUCUUCAUCUUCGUCACGCACCCCUACGACACGGGAGACCGCAUCUGUCUGGGCGAGGAUGUCAUGAGCGUCAAGAAGAUGUCGCUGCUCUCCUCCGAGUUCACGCUCUGGAACGGCACCAACAUCUAUAUCGCCAACGAGCUGCUCUCCCAGAUGCUCAUCGUCAACUACCGGCGCUCGGGCUACCAGUGGGAGAGCGCGACGAUGCAGGUCGCCUACGACACGCCCCUCGAGACGCUCGACGCCGUGCAGGCCGACCUCAUCCACUGGCUGCAGACGGAGCCGGAGCGCAUGUUCGAGCCGUCCACGGCCAUUGUGCCGCAGUCGAUCGACUACAUGCGCUCCAUCGAGGUGACGAUAGGAAUGACGCAGCGCGCCAACUGGCAGGACUGGGGCGCCCGCUGGGCGCGUCGCAAUGCCUUCUUUGCCGCGCUGACUUACUACAUGAAGAAGCACGGCGUGCGCUUCACGGCCGCCAACCAGCCGAUCGUGUACUGGGCCGACGACGCGGCGCAGCUGCCGCCGACGUACGAGGGCAGCGCCGCCGCUCCGCGCGCCGCCGACGGCGAGGCCGACGGCGACGGCAUCGGUAUGCGCUACACGCUGCAGGACGACUUCCAGCCGUCGCCGCCGCCGAGCCCCACGACGGCCGCGGCGCAGGCCGCCACGUCUGGCGGCGUCACGCCGGCCGCGACGUCGGGCACGACGACGCCGCGCGCGCCGCCGGCGCCCAAGCCCAAGGCCUACAUGGGCUUCACGCCGCCCGCCGACGAGCUCGACGGCACGGCGGGCAUGCGCAUGCGCCGUGCCCGCACCAAGCGUGGCGCCUUUGCCAUGCAGGGCGGCGACGGCUAAGCAGCCGAGCCAGCAGCGCCUGCGACUGGGUGCUGCGACGCGCUGCGCCUCGCUCCCUUUCCCCUCCCUUCACGCAAAACUUAGAGCUUCCCGGCCCCUCCAUGUCCACCUCACGACCCACACAUCGCCGCAGCGAGCCCGGCACACGCCGUGCGCUCCUGGCCGUGCGCCGGCCGCACGUCCCGGCCCACUCCUCAUCACACAUCAGUCACGCCCCCAUCGUCGCCCGGCCGCCCUUCUCAACGCCGCCGGGCAUGUCCCCGCACGUAGACCGCCAGGCGAAUCGUAUCAUAGAACUACC